AUGAACAAUUACUCUAUCGGGUCCCAUGGACCUGGAGGUAAUCCUCACUUUGAAGGAAAUUCAAACAACAUAAUUCCUGCUACCGCAAUUUCGAACCAUUCACCGAUUUCCAAUCUUUCUCGAACCACCUCUGUAUCUAGAGACAGUCCUUAUCCUGAUACCCAAUAUCAGAACAUUCGUGAAAGCAAUCAACAACUUGCAAUUCCCCAAACUCAACCAACUCAAUAUUAUCACACUCAAAUACAUCAUUACAAUUCAAACCAAACUCCUGUGUCUAUACAACAAGGCCAGAGCAUCCCACAAACGUAUCCUGUCCAGUCGCAGCAAUACUUUAAUCCAACUCCAGUUUAUGUUUCUCCUCCCCCCCCUCCUCCUCCUCCCAUUCCCACUCAUCAUCAGCAACAGCAGAUUUCUGAUGCAAAUACCUAUCCUCAGUUUUCUCCAGCCCCCUUAAUCAACCAAUGUAAUCACUAUUCUCAAAAUCAACAGCAUCCAUACCCUCCAAGCAUCCCACCUCAGCAACAGGUUGUUUAUCAACAACCUUUUAAUCAGGUAUACAACCAACAAUACCAACCGGUACCUGUAAACGGGCAGAUCCUCCCGUCUCCUGAAUCUCUAAACACAACACCUCAAAUCCAUUCAACUGCCACCCCAAUCUCUAAUUUUGUCAAACCUACCUUGCCCAUGGCUCCAAGUUAUCCCCAAAAUCAACAGCAGUUUGUACCUCCUUCCUCUUCUUCAUCCAGACGAUCUACACUGAAAUCUGAUUCAGAUGAAUCAGUCGCAGACUUAAACAAUUCUCCAAUCUCGCAGAAACAAGAUUUAGAACCCAAUCUUACUGACGAAGAAAUUCUUCAUUCAAUCGAACUCAAUCCUCCUGUGAAUAAAGCGACUGUUUAUGAUGCAAACAAUUCUGUAGUAUCAAUUGGUCUUUUUGGUAAAUUUGAUGGAAAAUUCAGCUUAAGCCAACAUCCUAAAAAGGACGCAAAUCCUUUAUCUGAACAAAGUACUCCUCCAUGGAUGCUAAUAUUUACCAAAAGAAAUCUUUUUGAAAUUCUUUGUACUGUGACUGACGCUAACAAGGCUCGCUAUGUUGACUUUGGUCCUUUUGUACAAACGCACAGCCAAAUACCACAACUUGUUAAAAUAUUAUCCCUUUCUUUGGAUCUCAGAGUUCAUGAUGAUAAAAUGGAACCUGUUGCAUUGUUUUACCAUAGUAUGGGGAAACAAAAGACUUCAAAAAAACCUCGAGCCGAAGGUUCGGAAUCUCACAGUGCGAGCUCCCACCACAGUUCUUCUCACGAUCCUUCUCACGAUCCUUCUCACGAUCCUUCUCACGAUCCUUCUCACGAUCCUUCUCACGAUCCUUCUCAUGAUCCUUCUCAUGAUCCCUCUCAUGAUUCUUCUUAUGAUCCUUCUCACAGCCCGUCUCAAAAAACUGAACAUGUGCACGUCCGUCCUAAAGAAAAACCAGUGCCCAUGAACUCUAGUUCCAGAGAUUCUCACAUUGAUUGGAAGCGCCUCAGAUUUGAGCGCGCAACGCAUUCUGCUGGCAGAAGCAAAAAAAGCAACUACUUUAUUGUCACAAUCACACUCUCUGCUAAUCUUGAAAACUCAACUACAGUUCCACUUCUUUCUGCUUCCUCAAAUCCAAUUGUGGUCCGUGGAAGAAACCCCCAGUUUUUCCGCAAUACUAGAAAAGACAAGGAAAUUAUUAUUGAAGGAAAUUCGAAACUAAGAAGGAUUCACACAAGUCCUGAGAUUUUCCAAGAGAAUGGAUACGGAGACAAGCUAAGUUCAAGUACCCACUCUGGUUCGAGCAUACAGGUCCCAUCUUCAUCUUCCUCCUCCUCCUCCUCUUCUUCUUUUCCAGUGCAACAAAACACUUUUAGACCCACUUAUGAGGCAGGGACUUCAAUUAAGCACAAUCACUUUAAUAGUCAACCUGUAGCUAGAGAUCAUCGGUCUGGGGAAAAUGGUAUUGUUGUCAAUCAGCAACAAAACUUUGGUUCGACAACCCAAACUCCUGUUUAUUACACUAACAUGCCAUUCACCUGA